AACGAAGCCACCCACUGCAUGUAAGCAACGAUGGUCCGUGGACGACAUGCCGGCAGACAAGAAGCCAGAGCGCCAGAAGGCGUUUGCAACGCGAGCCCGCACAGGCUGCAACACGUGCCGCCGAGCCCACAGACGAUGUGACGAGUCCAAGCCAGUAUGUCAGCGAUGUGCCAGGCUGCAGCUGGCCUGUGGCUACCCGCAGCCCAAAUCGGACGGCAAGGCCUCGGGCGUCGCCCUCAGUAGGGGCGUCCGCCCUCUGGCACCCGCGAUCCGCCAUGAACUGUCCCCAUGCGCUCACAUUGCUGCAAGUCUGGACCCUCUGAGCACACUCUACUUUGACUACUUCAAAUGCGUUGUGGUUUCCCAGUUAUGCACACAGCCCGACGGCCCGACAGGUUUCUGGUCCACGACCCUGCUUCGCGAAUGUACACACGAUCUGUCUGUCCUGAACGCAGUCAUCGGCAUCGGCGCCCUAUCUAGGGCACGGCACGAAGCACUCUAUCGUCCUUCUCUUCAAGGUCAAAACGGAGUCCCAGAAGUGCUGGCGUCUGCGCACUAUACCCCCGCCGUCCAGCACUACUCGAAAGCCAUUGCUUCCUUUCGACAGCGCAUCAACACCACAGCCUCACAUGAAGUCGUUCCUGCUAGGACUCUGCUCGUCUACACCAUCCUCUUCUCCAUCUUCGAGACUCUCCACGGCAACACCAGCGCCUUUGAUCACCUCGUCGCCAACGGCCUCCGCCUGUUUCACGGGCGGCUGCUUGGCAAUCAUGCCUCUCCUCAUCGGGAUCGUCUCGUGUCACCACGGGCCCCCGAUGACAGCGACGUCUACGACGCAGAGUGCUUCCUGACCCGGACAGCCACAUGGAGCGCCAUCUUCUCCCCGAUGUACCCUCAGAGCAGACAAGUCCUUGCGUCGAUGGCCGCGCAGUCCUCCUCGGCCAAGUGCGAGCUACUGCUCGGCCCGCCGCCCCCAGACAGGAAGAGCGUCUCAGUCAAGGGCUUCUGGCAGACGUGGUGGCAGUUCAUCACGAGGGCGGUAUUGUGGCAUUUGCGGGCGCGGACGAUCUUGGACCAGAUGGAGCAACGCCAGAAAGUGGACACGCAUACCGAUGAUGGCAACUACAACAACAACAACAACAACAACUACGGCGAGAGUAACGUGGAUCUCGAGGACCCAAUAGCAGCGGUCACACUUGCCCAGAUCGAAGAGGAACAACGACUACUCGUAGCCCGCAGCACCCUCUGGAGGUCUGAAACGAAAGCAAGACUUGACGAAAUCGUCUGCUCCGGUACGACCAAGGGCAACUGUGCUCGUGACGCUCAGAUCCAGGCAGACAAGCGGAUCCUCACCAUGAUGAUCUUCGACGUCCAGAUCUGCCAUCUGUCUGGCUGUUUCGCCCUCGACUCGUCCGAGGACGCCUGGUCGACGCAGUCCUGCCUGGACGAGUGCAACGCGGCUCUGGACGUGGCACAAGACAUCGUCGCCGACCUCACUGGUCCCAGCAGUGACGCACACGAGUCAAUAAUGAGCGACGGCCUGCUCAUCGGCCUGCUCCAGCUCGCCCGGGAGUGUCGGGAAUCCCGCGUGCGAUGGCGCGCGUUCGGCCUCGCAUUGCAGCUCGUCUUGCGGCCCUCGACUCGCCAUGUCAAGUCGUUUGUCCUGGGCAUGUGGGCGUGCAUACAGGCGGAGGAGAAAGCCCGGGAGCGCGGGACGGGGAGAAUACCCAUGUCGCACCGGUAUUACUGGACUGCGGCGUCUUGGGACGAGGGCCGUUGCGCACUGCAUGUGACUAUUACGAGUAGGGAGCCAGAAACUCCUGGGGAAGUGAGGAAGCAGGAGAGUUUACUAUUGGGACCAGAGAUCUGGAAACUCUUCCAAGCAUGAGAGUUUGCACGUGUCUGGUCUGCAGCUGUCAUAGCAUGACUUAGAGAACAAGUCGUCACGACGAAGAAUCAUGACAAGAGAACGGUGGGUGCCAUCGUCCUCGAUCCAUGGCUCAAAUCAGGCAUCGCCAUGGACGGUAAAUCAAUCAGUCGAUACUCGGGCAGAAGAAUCUAGAAAAUCAUGACAGAGAAGACCAGUCAAGGAAUGCAUGAGAAUACUAUGCAUCCUCUAUAGUGUUCAUUAUCGUCUUCUAGGUAACCCAGUAUCCCAUUACACCAAGCAUAGGAAACUGAUUCAUUAGCCCCAAAAGUAUUUCUGUAUCCUUCAGAAGCUUUCCGCAGUGGAUGCCUACAUGCUGGUUUAAUAAGCCCCCUUCGUUGCUCUCAAGC